AUGUCCAAAUAUUCUGUAAUUCUGCCAACCUAUAAUGAAAGGGAGAAUUUACCAAUCAUUACCUAUUUGAUAUUUGAAAUGGCUAAAAAGAACAAUCUGGAUUUUGAGAUUAUCAUUAUAGAAGACAACUCCCCUGAUGGUACUCUGUAAGUAGCACAAGAGUUAAAGAAAGUAUAUGGGGAUAAAUUGAUCAUCCAUUUCAGAGAGAAAAAGUUGGGUUUGGGAUCUGCUUAUAUGGAUGGGAUCAAACUUUGUCAUGGCAAUUAUGUUGUCAUUAUGGAUGCAGAUUUGUCACAUCAUCCAAAAUAUUUGGUGGACUUCAUCCAAAAAUAGAAAAAUACCAAUUGCGACAUUGUUACAGGAUCUAGAUACAUCAAUAAAGGAGGAGUCAUGAAUUGGGGAUUCGAUAGAAAACUCACAUCCAGAGGUGCCAAUUUUCUGGCAUCAACAAUGUUGGGGGUGAAGUGUUCUGAUCUAACAGGAAGCUUCAGACUCUACAAAAGAGAAGUCCUAGAAAAAGUAAUUAAAGAUGUAGUUUCAAGAGGAUAUGCCUUUCAAAUGGAAAUAAUCAUCAGAGCAAGAUAAUAUGGAUAUACAGUAGAGGAAGUACCAAUUGUUUUUGUUGAAAGAAUCUUUGGAGAAUCGAAAUUAGGGGCAUCUGAAUUUCAAAUAUACUUAAAGGGAUUGUGGAAGUUGCUCUGGACAUUUUGAUAUAUGAAUAUAAAUAUUUACAUAGACAUAUAUAUAAAAUAACU